AUGGCUCCUGCCGGCUCCCCUAUGUCCCGCCUCUUUGCGGCAUAUCGCUCUCCUAUUGGCUGCCCUCGCUGUCGAUCAGAGCCCACAGGGUCCCGCCCCCAGCCGGCGCUGUGGGCGGGGCCUCCCUCACCCAAAUCCCCUCAGCAGCCCCGUGUCCCCCAGGUGACCGUGAGGGUGAAGGUGGAGGACGUGGCCCCGGGGGAUGUGGACGACCCUGGAGCUUUGGGGGUCCCACCCAGCACCCCCUCGGAUUCCCCCCGGGAGGAGGCGGAUCCGGGCAAGGAGAAGGCGGUGGUGGCCGAGGAAGAGGAGCCACAAGAAGGAGGUCCCACCACGGCCCCAGAGCCGCCCCAACGCCCUCCCGGCGUCCGGAGAGGACCCCCCCGGCGCCAAACCCAGCGGGACCCCAGCACCCCCAAAGCGGACGGCGGGAGCGCGGCCGAGCCGCCGGCGCGGCCGUACGCCUGCGGUCAGUGCGGGAAGAGCUUCGGCCGCCUGACCCACCUGAAGACCCACGAGCGGACGCACACGGGGGUGAAGCCGUACGGCUGCGGCGCCUGCGGCAAGCGCUUCGGCCACCUGUCCACGCUGACCACGCACCGGCGGCUGCACACCGGCGAGCGGCCCUACGGCUGCGGCGCCUGCGGGAAGAGCUUCACCAACCCCUCGGACCUCAACAAGCACCAGCGCUCGCACACGGGCGAGCGGCCGUACCCCUGCCCGGCCUGCGGCAAGCGCUUCAGCCAGCAGUCCAACCUGACCAUGCACCGCCGCAGCCACACCCAGGAGCGGCCCUACCCCUGCCGGACCUGCAGCAAGAGCUUCAAGUACCUGGCGGACCUGACGGUCCACGAGCGCUCCCACACCGGCGAGCGGCCCUUCCCCUGCGGCCACUGCGGAAAGAGCUUCAGCAACAAGUCCUCGCUGGCCCGGCACACGCGGAUCCACGCCAGGGACAAGUGACGGCGGCUGGGGGGUGGUGGUGGCCGUGGGGGGACAGCGCUGGGUGGUGUCGGUUCGGGGGAUGGAGCCCCGUGAGCCU